UCCUGGUCUUGGGAGGACAGCGGGAUGGAGGACCGGGAGUUGACAGUGUGCCUUCUCGUCAUCCUGGCAUUAGGAUGGAGCUCCGCUCAGACUCAGACCAACGCCACGGAUUUAAGGCCGGUCUUCCUCUGCGGAGGCCACCUGGUCACAGACUCCGGCAUCGUGGCGAGCGAAGGCUUCCCCAGUCACUACAAACCCAACAGCAAAUGCACCUGGUACAUCACUGUCCCCGAGGGCCACGUGGUCAUGUUGUCCUUCCGCCUCUUUGACCUGGAGGCCGACCCCACCUGUCGCUACGACUACCUGGACGUCUACAACGGCCACACCCGCCUGGUGCAGAAGCUGGGCCGCUUCUGCGGGACGUUCCGGCCCGGCGCCCUCAUCUCCACCUCCAACACCAUGAUGCUGGAGAUGGUGUCAGACGAGGCCACCGGGGGGCGGGGCUUCCUGGCCUCCUUCAACGCCGGGAAGCCGCACAUGGAGGAGAAUCAGUUCUGUGGAGGGCGGCUGACCAAAUCUCAGGGCUCCGUCCGGACGCCCAACUGGCCAAACUCCAACUACCCAGCAGGUAUCAGCUGCUCCUGGCACAUCUCCGUAGAGCCAAGCAAUGUGAUCGAGGUGAACUUUCAGAAGCUGGACCUGGAGCCCGAUACGUACUGUCGAUAUGACUAUGUGGCGUUGUUUAAUGGGGGAGAGACCGACGACUCAAGGAGGAUCGGGAAAUUCUGCGGCGACAGAGCACCAGGAACUAUUGUGACGAAUGGCAAUGAGCUCCUGGUCCAGUUUGUGUCCGACCUCAGCGUGACCUCAGAUGGAUUCAUGGCCUUCUACUCCAGCGUCCCCCGGGGGUCUCGAAGGCCCACUGCAGGAGGAGAUUUCAUCCACAGUCCUCAGACCACGUCCACGCCACAGAAAAUCAAGCCCAGCAAACCCAUCAAACCAACCCCGAAACCAAAUCCUAAACCCAGACCGGGCCUGGUGUCUAAACCCACGCCAAAGCCUCCCAAGAAACCGCUGGUCAAGAAGCCGCUUGUGAAGAAACCUCCGCUCCGUAAACCCACCGGCAAGCCUGUAGUCAAAGCCACGCCUAAACCCAAACCAGCCAAACCCACGCCCAAGCUACCUGUGAGGAAGCCCACACCUAAACCUAAACCUACACCCAAGCCUAAACCUACCCUGAAACCAAAACCGACACCCAAACCAAAACCGACCCCCAAAGCCAAGGUUAUCAAGCCGACACUCAAACCAAGCAUCAAGGUUAAACCCACUCAAAAACCUGCACUGAAGACCAAACCCACCAGAAAACCUGUCAUCAAGCCAGUAAAGCCAACACCUCGAGGCGGAGUUAAACCGACAGCCAAACCUAAACAAAAGCCAAAACCAUCACCGAAACCAGGACCGAGCAAGACGGUAACCAGGAAGCCUGCAGUGAGCAAGAAACCUUUGCCACUGAACCCACUGUGUACACAACCCUGUAAGAGGGAAGGAACUCUUCAAACAAGCUUCUGCCCCCAUGACUUUGUGAUCACCGGUAAAGUUACAUCCGUGACUCCCGGACCAAGAGGCUCAGCAACUAUCGAAGUGUUCCUGAUUAAGGCCUACAAAGCCGGACGCCUCAACAUCACCAGAUCGGGACCCGUCAUGUCGGUCACGCUGAGCUCCGCCUGCAAGAGAUGCCCCGCGGUGGUUAAAGGACUGAACUACGUGAUGAUGGGUAAAGUUGACGCAGAGGGUAACGGCCAGCUCAGCCCCUCCAGCUUCACUCUCCUCUAUAAGCCCGUCCACGCCAAAGCACUGGCAGCCCUCGCCCGCAAAUCCUGCUGACAUAUGUGAUUUCACCAUUUCACCCUAACACUUUAAAAAGAUAACUUCACACACACCAUAAAGUUGUUCCAAGCACUAACCAGCUCUUUUUUAUUUUCAACCAUCGUUUGUGAAGUUAUAUUCUAAUCACACAUGAAUAAAUAUCACAUUUUGUAUUUUGUAUGUAAAUUAUAUGGUUAUAUAUUUCUGUGUUAUAGGAUGCAUAAUAAACACAGUUGUUG